UUCUACUUCCUUCACAUCAAUCAGUCUUCAUAUACAUACAUACAUUUAUUUAUUUUAUUAUAUAUUUCAAUCUCCCUCAUUGUUAUUAUUAUCAGUAGUAUAUUAGGGGUUAUACUAUAAAUUCAGCACCAUCAAAAAGAAGAAUCAGCAUCAGCAGCAUCAUUUAAGGAGGCAUGGGAAGUGUGAAUGAAGGGAAACUUAGGAUCUGUAUUGACAGAGGAGGCACAUUCACUGAUGUCUAUGCUGAAAUUCCCGGUCAGUCUGAAGGCAAAGUGAUGAAAUUGUUGUCUGUCGAUCCGUCUAACUAUGAAGAUGCUCCUGUUGAAGGAAUCAGAAGGAUCUUGGAAGAUUUUACUGGAAAAAAGAUCCCAAGAACGUCAAAAGUCCCUACUGAAAACAUCGAGUGGAUUCGCAUGGGAACAACCGUUGCAACAAAUGCACUUUUAGAAAGAAAAGGUGAGAGGAUUGCUUUGUGUGUGACCCGAGGAUAUAAGGAUUUGCUUCAGAUCGGUAACCAGGCCCGCCCGAAUAUCUUUGACCUUACUGUGUUAAAACCUUCUAAUCUGUAUGAGGAGGUCAUAGAAGUUGAUGAGAGAAUUGAGCUUGUUCUUGAAAAUGAGAAAUUGGUUUGUGAAUCUGCUGAGCAGAACGUAGUUACAGGCAUUUCGGGUGAGCAGGUUCGUGUUGUGAAGGCUGUUAAUGUUGAAACUUUGAGGCCUUUACUUAAUAGUCUAUUGGAGAAAGGAAUCAAGUGUUUAGCAGUUGUGUUAAUGCAUUCUUAUACAUAUCCAGAUCAUGAACUUGCUGUGAACAAAUUGGCUGUAAGUAUGGGGUUCAAGCAUGUUUCAUUAUCGUCUUCUUUGACUCCCAUGGUUCGAGCCGUUCCUAGAGGUUUGACCGCUAGUGUCGAUGCAUAUUUGACUCCCGUUAUCAAAGAGUAUUUGUCAGGAUUCAUUUCUAAAUUUGAUGAUAACUUGGGAAAAGUGAAUGUUCUAUUUAUGCAAUCAGAUGGUGGUCUUGCUCCAGAAAAUCGUUUCUCGGGCCAUAAAGCGGUAUUGUCGGGUCCUGCAGGCGGGGUCGUUGGCUACUCUCAGACCCUUUUUGGGCUCGAGACCCAGAAACCGUUAAUUGGGUUCGACAUGGGUGGGACCUCUACUGAUGUGAGCCGAUAUGCUGGAAGCUAUGAACAAGUUCUUGAAACACAAAUAGCAGGGGCCAUAAUUCAAGCACCACAGCUCGACAUUAACACUGUAGCUGCUGGAGGGGGGUCAAAGCUAAAGUUUCAGUUUGGAUCAUUCCGGGUAGGGCCUGAAUCUGUAGGUGCACACCCGGGGCCGGUCUGUUAUCGGAAAGGUGGUGAGCUGGCAGUCACGGAUGCUAAUCUUGUUUUGGGGUACGUAAUCCCUGAUUAUUUCCCUUCUAUCUUUGGGCCGAAUGAAGAUCAGCCUUUGGAUAUUGAUGAUACUAGGCAAGAGUUUGAGAAGCUUGCUAAAAAAAUCAAUCUUUAUAGAAAGAGUCAAGAUCCAUUAUCGCAAGAAAUGUCAGUGGAGGAGAUUGCACAAGGGUUUGUAAAUGUUGCAAAUGAAACAAUGUGUCGACCUAUUCGGCAGUUAACCGAGAUGAAAGGUCACGAAACCAAGAGCCAUGCUCUUGCUUGCUUUGGAGGUGCGGGCCCACAACACGCGUGUGCCAUUGCACGCUCAUUGGGCAUGAAUGAGGUUUUAGUACACAGAUUUUGUGGGAUUUUAAGUGCAUAUGGGAUGGGAUUAGCAGAUGUUAUUGAAGAGGCUCAAGAACCGUAUUCUGCUACUUACACUCCUGAAACUGUUCUAGAAGCUUCGCGUAGAGAAACACUGCUAUUGAAACUGGUAAAGCAAAAACUUCUAGAUCAAGGCUUUGAAGAAGGUAGCAUUACAACGGAAUCAUAUCUAAAUUUAAGGUAUGAAGGGACUGAUACUGCUAUUAUGGUAAAAGGAUCAGGAAACGAUUACGCUGGUGAGUUUAUUAAGCUAUUUCAACAAGAAUAUGGGUUCAAACUCGAAAACAGAAAUAUUUUAAUAUGUGAUGUAAGAGUUCGUGGUAUUGGAGUGACAAAUAUUCUUAAGCCAAGAGUUACUGAAAGUUCUUCGGGUACCCCUAAAGUUCAAGGGAGUUACAAGGUUUACUUUGGAAAUGGAUAUCAUAAUACACCUCUUUUCAAACUUGAAGAUUUAGGAUAUGGUCAUGUGAUUCCUGGGCCUGCAAUUAUCAUGAACGGUAACAGUACGGUGAUAGUUGAACCUAAUUGUAAAUCUAUAAUUACCAAAUACGGUAACAUAAAGAUUGAAAUUGAGUCAAAUUCGGUCGAUGUGAAAGAAUCAGGAAAUGUUGCAGACGUUGUGCAGUUAUCUAUAUUCAAUCACAGAUUCAUGGGUAUAGCUGAACAGAUGGGUAGAACACUGCAGAGGACUUCAAUUUCAACAAAUAUAAAAGAAAGGCUCGAUUUCUCUUGUGCCCUUUUUGAUCCUGAUGGUGGAUUAGUUGCUAAUGCUCCACACGUUCCGGUUCACUUGGGAGCCAUGUCUAGCACAGUCCAAUGGCAACUAGAAUAUUGGGGUCAAAAUUUGAAUGAAGGAGAUGUAUUAGUGACCAAUCAUCCGUGUUCUGGUGGUAGCCAUUUACCUGAUAUUACUGUAAUUACACCUGUUUUUGAUAAUGGAAAGGUUGUAUUCUUUGUUGCAAGCAGAGGCCACCAUGCUGAAAUUGGCGGAAUAACUCCCGGAAGUAUGCCACCAUUUUCAAAGUCCAUUUGGGAAGAAGGAGCUGCUAUUAAAGCAUUCAAACUUGUUGAAAAGGGAAUAUUUCAAGAAGACGGAAUAACAAAACUUCUUCGAUUUCCGAGUUCAGAGGAAUCAGCUGUCAAAAUUCCUGGAACACGCAGGCUUCAAGAUAAUUUAUCAGAUCUUCAUGCUCAAAUAGCUGCAAAUCAAAGAGGAAUAGUUCUUAUUAAAGAACUUAUUGAGCAUUACGGGUUGGAGACGGUUCAAUCUUACAUGGUUUAUGUUCAAAAGAACGCUGAAGAAGCUGUUAGGGAAAUGCUAAAGUCGAUUCCCGAGAAAGUUUCUUUUUCAUCCGCUAAUGCUGAUAAUUUGUUUACCAUUGAAGAAGAAGAUUACAUGGAUGAUGGUUCUUCAAUUCACUUGAAACUUACAAUUGAUUCUAAAAAAGGUGAAGCCUUUUUUGACUUUUCCGGAACUACCCCUGAAGUUUAUGGAAAUUGGAAUUCACCCGAAGCUGUAACAAAAGCUGCUGUUAUAUACUGUCUUCGAUGUUUAGUUGAUGUUGAUAUUCCUUUAAAUCAAGGCUGUUUAGCACCUGUUAAAAUUUAUAUACCACCUGGAUCAUUUCUAUCUCCAAGUGAUAAAGCUGCUGUUGUGGGCGGUAAUGUUCUGACCUCACAGAGGAUCACAGAUGUUGUGUUGAUGGCAUUUCAAGCUUGCGCUUGCUCACAGGGUUGUAUGAAUAAUCUUACUUUUGGUGACAAUACUUUUGGUUACUAUGAGACAAUUGCAGGCGGAAGUGGGGCGGGGCCCACAUGGGACGGGACAAGUGGGGUCCAGUGUCAUAUGACUAAUACUCGUAUGACAGAUCCGGAGAUUUUUGAGCAGAGGUAUCCGGUUAUUUUGCAUAGAUUUGGGUUGAGAGAGGGGAGUGGCGGGGGUGGGGUUCAUAAAGGGGGUGAUGGGGUGGUCAGGGAGAUAGAGUUUAGGCAGCCAGUGGUGGUGAGUGUUCUUACCGAGAGACGGGUUCAUGCACCUAGAGGGCUAAAUGGAGGAGAAGAUGGUGCUCGUGGAGCUAAUUAUCUGGUAACCAAAGAUAAACGGCGUGUGUUUCUUGGUGGUAAGAAUAGUAUUGAGGUGGAAGCAGGUGAAAUUCUUGAGAUUCAUACUCCUGGUGGAGGUGGAUGGGGUGCUGUUUGAUUUCCUACUUGAUUAGAGUUUCGGGAGAAGUGUUGUGACCAACUGGAUUGGGUUCUUUGGAGGAUGUCGGAGAAGAUGGGUUCAAACUUAUUAAUAAGGUGAGCAAAGCAUGAUGUUGUGUAUGUAUUAAUAAAGCUCAAAACAUUUUAUCAGACUCUUGUUGAGACUAUUUGUUCCGCCUUGGUGAAGUCAAUUGAUCUGACGAUUGUAAAUGAUGAUGGUGGACAAUUGUAUCUUUGUCGAACACUUAUGGUUGUAUCACGAGUGAUCAAGUUUGUGUUUGCUACACGUUUAAUGGUAUGAAAUUUUUUGUUAACACAGAGUCUGUACCCGAGAACCAUUACCACAUUAUCAAUAAACUUGCUUCUUUGGAUGCAUGAUUUAAGAUAUAAGAUAUUUGAUUA